AUGGCAAACAACAGCGCACCCGACACGCCCGGCGAGGGACGCAAACGGGCUCCUACCAUCACCAUCGACACGUCUGCUGUCAAUCCCAACGACACCAACAUGACUGACGCGGUACCCAUGGGCCAGAUCCAAGACAACCGAUCAUCUACACCUAAUACCGAUCAUAAUGUGUCUCCCACGCAGUCGCGGCAGUCUCCCCAGGAGCUGCGCAAUGCGAACUCCUUUGAGAGCAAUGCCAGUAGGCCGACUUCGCCUCACAACGUGUCUUCGCCAGCGCAGGGCUGGAACGGCACCAACUUCCUCGCAGUUCCUGGCGCAAGGUCACGGGGCAACUCUAUGGACUCGAGCACCGAUGUGGGCGAUUCCAACUCUAGCGGAGCGACCUACGUGACGUUGAACCAGAACGACAUCCCUCAAGGAGAGAUGGGCCCGACCGAGGUCCUAGAUGCCAAAGACGCGUUGAAGCCCGACCCAGGCACCGAAUCUGAAUUUGAGGUCGAGAACAACAAAUUCGCGUUCUCUCCGGGACAACUUGGAAAGCUAUACAACCCCAAGAGCUUAGGAGCCUUCUACGCACUUGGCGGACUAGAUGGCAUAGAAAAAGGUCUUCGGACUGAUAGAAAAUCUGGUUUGAGUGCUGACGAACAGACACUUGACGGUGCCGUCUCUUUUGAAGAAGCGACUGUUCAAAGCCACAACCAGAACGCAAAGUCUGCUCCCGAGCAAGGGAUCGCUCAUACCGAUUCUGUGCCCGAGGCUGGCGAGAAGGCCUUUGUGGACCGAAAGCGCGUUUUUAGCGAUAAUCGCCUUCCUGUCCGCAAGCCAAAGAAUAUCUUCCAACUCGCUUGGAUAGCUUAUAACGAUAAGGUUCUGCUUCUUUUGACUGCAGCGGCCGUCAUCUCCCUUGCACUCGGACUGUAUCAGACGUUUGGUGUGAAGCAUGAGCCGGGUGAGCCCAAGGUGGAAUGGAUUGAGGGUGUUGCUAUUAUCGUGGCCAUUGCUAUCGUUGUGGUGGUUGGUGCCGCAAACGACUGGCAAAAGGAGCGUCAAUUUGUCAAACUUAACCGCAAGAAAGACGAUCGUACCAUCAAGGUUUACCGUUCCGGCAGACUUCGCGAAAUCUCCGUCUACGAUAUCUUUGUCGGCGAUGUUGUCAAUCUGGAAGCUGGUGACAUGAUUCCCGUUGACGGUAUUCUGAUUUCUGGUCACGGUAUCAAAUGCGACGAGUCCUCGGCCACUGGUGAAUCCGACCUUCUGAAGAAGACUGCCGGAGACGAAGCGUUCCGCGCCAUAGAAAGGCACGACAACUUGAAGAAGAUCGACCCGUUCAUCCUCUCAGGUGCGAAGGUUUCGGAAGGUGUUGGUACAUUCCUCGUCACAGCGACCGGCGUUCACUCCAGCUACGGAAAGACUAUGAUGUCCUUGCGCGAAGACAGUGAAGUGACUCCACUUCAGUCUAAGCUCAACGUUCUGGCGACCUACAUUGCGAAACUUGGUGGAGCCGCUGCUCUCUUGCUCUUUGUUGUACUCUUCAUUGAGUUUCUCGUCCGCCUCAAGAGCAGCAACACGACUCCUGCCGAGAAGGGUCAGAACUUUCUCGACAUUCUCAUUGUUGCCAUCACUGUUGUCGUUGUUGCUGUACCCGAGGGUCUUCCUCUGGCGGUCACCCUCGCUCUCGCCUUUGCCACCACUCGCAUGCUCAAGGACAACAACCUGGUUCGUCUUCUGCGAAGUUGUGAAACCAUGGGUAACGCUACGACCAUUUGUUCCGACAAGACUGGUACCCUUACCCAAAACAAGAUGACUGUAGUUGCUGGUUCGCUUGGCACAGCUCUGCGAUUUGGCGACCACAAGCUCAAGACCUCGGAGACAUCAGAAUCGAUGGAUGACGGAUCCAAAGGCAGAACGAUCGAGUCCCCGGUGGAAAACGCAAAUGACGUGUCGGCCUCCGAAUUUGUCAAUACCAUUACCAAGGAUGUCAAGGAUCUCCUGCUGCAGUCGAUCAUUCAGAACACUACGGCUUUCGAAGGUGAGGAGGGUGGGCCUGAUCCAUUCAUCGGCUCGAAGACUGAAACCGCUCUCCUUGGUUUUGCGCGUGAAUACCUGGGCAUGGGCCACGUUGCUCAGGAGCGGUCCAACGCCACUAUCGUCCAGGUGAUUCCCUUCGAUUCGGCCAUCAAAUGCUCUGGUGCGGUUGCAAAGCUCAACGACGGACGCUACCGCAUGUACGUCAAGGGUGCUUCUGAGAUUCUUCUUGGCAAGUGCGACCAGAUUCUCACCAACGCGUCCAAGGAGCUCAUUGCUGCGCCCAUGACCGGAGACAACCGUGAAACUUUGGAACAUGUUAUUACAGCCUAUGCCUCUCGCUCAUUGCGAACAAUCGGUCUCGUCUACCGCGAUUUUGAAAGCUGGCCACCCAGGGAGUCUCGCAGGAACGAGGAUGACUCCAGCUUGGCUGUCUUCGAGGAUGUCUUCACGAAGAUGACCUUCCUCGCUGUUGUUGGUAUCCAGGAUCCACUUCGUCCCAGCGUUCGUGAAGCUGUCAAGGAUUGCCAGCACGCUGGUGUCUAUGUCCGCAUGGUUACCGGUGACAACGUUCUCACUGCUAAGGCUAUUGCUGAAGACUGUGGUAUUCUCGUCCCCGGAGGAGUCGUCAUGGAAGGCCCUACUUUCCGCAAGCUCUCGAAACGUGAUAUGGACGCCGUCAUCCCCAAGCUCUGUGUGCUCGCCCGUUCUAGCCCUGAGGACAAGCGCAGGCUCGUCAAGCGCCUCAAGGAAUUAGGUGAGACAGUGGCUGUUACUGGUGACGGUACCAACGAUGCACCGGCGCUGAAGACUGCUGAUGUUGGUUUCUCUAUGGGUAUUGCUGGUACAGAGGUUGCCAAAGAGGCUUCGGCUAUUAUCUUGAUGGACGACAACUUCGCCUCCAUUGUCAAGGCUUUGCUUUGGGGACGUGCCGUGAACGAUGCUGUCAAGAAGUUUUUGCAGUUCCAGAUCACCGUCAACAUCACCGCUGUCAUGCUCACUUUUGUAUCCGCCGUCGCCAGUCCCGAUCAGACCUCUGUUCUUACCGCUGUUCAGCUUUUAUGGGUCAACCUCAUCAUGGACACCUUCGCCGCGCUUGCGCUUGCUACCGACCCGCCUACUCGGAGUCUCCUGGAUCGCAAACCGGAUCCCAAGUCUGCUCCCCUCAUCACAUUGAGGAUGUGGAAGAUGAUUAUCGGCCAGGCUAUCUACCAGCUGACUGUUACGUUCAUUCUUUACUUCGGCGGCAAGUCUAUCCUCUCUUACGACAGCGAUCGCGAGGCGGAGCAGCUGCCCGCGCUCGUGUUCAACACAUUCGUCUGGAUGCAGAUCUUCAACGCUCUCAACAACCGUCGUCUCGACAACCGCUUCAACGUCUUCGAAGGCAUCACACACAACUGGUUCUUUAUCUUGAUCUUGCUCAUUAUGAUUGGUGGACAGACCAUGAUCAUUUUCGUUGGUGGUGUUGCUUUCAAGGUCACCAGGCUCAACGGUGCCCAGUGGGGUUACUCCAUAGUACUGGGUUUCCUGUCCCUUCCCGUCGGUAUGAUAGUCCGCCUAGUCCCCGAUGAACUUGUUCGCAAGUGCAUCCCCAACUUCUUCAGACGCAAGAACACACCCGAGGUCGUUAUUUCCGAUGAGGACUACCAGUGGAGCCAGGGCCUGCUCGAAAUCCGUGACGAGCUUGCUUUCAUCAAGAAGGUCCGUGGCGGACGUCUCAGCAACCUCAAAUUCAAGAUGCAGCAUCCCAAGGAGGCUUUCACCAAGUCGCGCUCUAGCCAAUCGCUACCUGGCACUCCUAACAACGGCCCUUCGAACGACCACGAUGGUUCUCCCGCACCACCCACCCCCAACAGCCGUCGUCGUGGCAGGUCAAGGUCCAACUCCGCUUUCGGUCCCGCCACCGUCAUGGCUGGUAUCGUUGCUGGUAGCAUUGCUGGUUGGUCACCCAUCGACCGCAACGGCGGAGACAACGACUCGAUCCGCUUCAGCCGCAACGCGCGGAAGGAGGACUUGGAGGCACAAGACGGUAUCGAGGUCCAUCCCGACACCAAGUCUACCGAACCCAUCCUCGCCCCAGACCCAAGCGAGUACCGCGGCCCACCAAGUCAGAACACGGAGACCACGCCUGAAUUCACCGUGGGCCCCUUUGCCAGCCACAAGGAGACGCAAGCAGACCAGCCAAGCAAGACCACAGGGCCUGGUGCAUGA